GAGUGUGAUGCUCAUUGUUCCAUUGAGCUGCUAGAUCUGACAUCUUCUCUAGCUCUUCCUUUCAAAGCUGCUCAUCAUCUUCUUCCCUUUCUUUUUCAAUAGAAUUUAUUGUCACCUAAUGACAAAUAUGUCACUAUAGUAGCUACCUUUAAAAAAAGGGUAUUUUUUUUGUAAAGUGUAUAAUUAAUUUCUUUAAUCCCAAUCUCUUGUAUCUUUCUAUAUACCAUUCACUCAAUGCAAAAUUUAGUAUACAUCUUAAAUUAAUUAGCUUCCUUUCUUCCUCAUUAGUUUAUUGGGUCUUGUGAAAGUUCAUAUUUUUAGCUCCCCAAUGUAUUGACUCUAUGCUUUUUAAUUAAUUAAUCACUUCUAAUUAAUUAGUUUAGCUCAUAUUUUUUUAAUCAUUGUUUAAGGUUUUAGGUAAUCCACUAGCUAAGUCAUAUUAGGAAGAGUAUAUUACAUACUCCAUGUUAUUAGUAUCUUCCUAUGUAUUCAUGUAUGUAAGUUUUUUUUUUGGUUAGCAUAUUUUUUGAGUGAUUUAUUUGAGGAAAUAGUGAAGAAGAAAUGGUGAAGAUGAAGUUAAGUAGGAUGUUAGAUUCACUUUGUCUUGCUUUUGAUUCAAACACAUGUUUCUGCAUUAACUCAGUGGAAGCUCAUGAAGAUGAUGAAGAGUUUGAGCAAGAAAGAAAACCUCUCUUUGUUACUGAAAAGAAACAAAGUAUGACACUUAAAGAUGCUAUCUCUGGUCCUCAAAGCUUAGCUUUGCUCAUGAAACCUAAGACGGUGGUUUUAAAGGUGUCUAUGCAUUGCCAAGGUUGUGCAAAGAAAGUUGAGAAACAUAUCUCAAAGAUAGAAGGAGUAAUGUCUUACAAAGUAGACUUGGAAAGCAAGAUGGUGGUAGUCAUUGGAGAUAUUCUUCCAUAUGAGGUAGUAGAGAGUAUUUCCAAAGUGAAAAAUGCCCAACUUUGGACUUUUGGCGUCUAAUGAAGCAAUCAAUGCAAGAGCAAGGAUCACAAACCAGAGAAGAGGGAGGGAAGAACAAGAGGAUGGGAAAUUUUGUACAUUUAUUUAUAAUAUUUGUGGCCCUUAAUUAAGCUAUAUAAUACCAUUGCUAUAUUACUUAAUCAUGGCAUAUAAUCCGUAGUACGAUAUAUAGUAACUAUGAUUUGUAUAUCUAAUUAUGCCAAAAUCUAAUGCAUCCACCUUUAUUCUUUGUGA